UGCGCCGACCAAUGGGACGUGUGCGGCCUGCUCGUGCGGGCGGUGGCAGAACGGGCGAGGGGCGGGGGCGCGCUCGCGAGCCGGAUGUAUAAAGGCGAGGCCGGGCGGGCGCGCGCUCUGCUCUAGCUGUCCUGGCGGCGCCAACUGAAGCGCCAGCCUCCCUGCCCGCGCCGACAUGCUGUGUCGCGCUCUGCUCUGCCUGGCCCUGGCCGCGGCCACCGGCGUCCGCGCUGACGCCCCCGAGGAGGAGGACCACGUCCUGGUCCUGAAGAAGAGCAACUUCGAGGAGGCGCUGGCGGCCCACAAGUACCUGCUAGUGGAGUUCUAUGCCCCCUGGUGUGGUCACUGCAAAGCACUGGCCCCUGAGUAUGCCAAAGCAGCUGGGAAGCUGAAGUCAGAGGGUUCCGAGAUCCGACUGGCCAAAGUGGAUGCCACCGAAGAGUCCGAUCUGGCUCAGCAGUACGGCGUCCGUGGCUACCCUACCAUCAAGUUCUUCAAGAAUGGAGACACAGCUUCCCCCAAAGAAUACACAGCUGGCAGGGAGGCAGAUGACAUCGUGAACUGGCUGAAGAAGCGUACAGGCCCUGCCGCCACCACGCUGGCUGAUGGCAGCGCUGCUGAGUCCCUGGUGGAGUCCAGUGAGGUGGCUGUCAUUGGCUUUUUCAAGGACGUGGAGUCGGACUUUGCCAAGCAGUUCUUGUUGGCGGCAGAGUCCAUUGAUGACAUCCCCUUUGGGAUCACUUCCAACAGUGACGUGUUCUCCAAGUACCAGCUCCAGAAGGACGGGGUUGUCCUCUUCAAGAAGUUUGAUGAAGGCCGGAACAACUUUGAUGGGGAGAUGACCAAGGAGGGCCUCCUCAACUUCAUCAGGCACAACCAGCUGCCGCUGGUCAUUGAGUUCACCGAGCAGACAGCCCCGAAGAUCUUCGGAGGGGAAAUCAAGACUCACAUCCUGCUGUUCCUGCCAAAGAGCGUGUCUGACUACGAUGGCAAGCUAAGCAGCUUCAAAAAGGCAGCAGAGAGCUUCAAGGGCAAGAUCCUGUUCAUCUUCAUCGACAGUGACCACACUGACAACCAGCGCAUCCUCGAGUUCUUCGGCCUCAAGAAGGAGGAGUGCCCUGCGGUGCGUCUCAUCACCCUGGAAGAGGAGAUGACCAAGUACAAGCCCGAGUCUGACGAGCUGACGGCAGAUAAGAUCAAGGAUUUCUGUGACCAGUUCUUGGCAGGCAAGAUCAAGCCCCACCUGAUGAGCCAGGAGCUGCCUGAGGACUGGGACAAGCAGCCCGUCAAAGUGCUGGUCGGGAGGAACUUUGAGGAGGUUGCCUUUGAUGAGAAGAAGAAUGUCUUUGUGGAGUUCUAUGCUCCGUGGUGUGGUCACUGCAAACAGCUGGCACCCAUCUGGGACAAGCUGGGUGAGACGUACAAGGACCACGAGAACAUCGUCAUCGCCAAGAUGGACUCCACCGCCAACGAGGUGGAGACCGUGAAAGUGCACAGCUUUCCCACCCUCAAGUUCUUCCCCGCCAGCGCCGACAAGACGGUCAUUGACUACAAUGGGGAGCGGACACUGGAAGGGUUCAAGAAGUUCUUGGAGAGUGGUGGACAGGACGGGGCAGGGGACGAAGACGAUCUGGAGGACUUGGAGGAGGCUGAGGAGCCAGACCUGGAAGAGGAUGAUGACCAGAAAGCUGUGAAGGACGAACUGUGA